AUGAAACGGAUUUUUGGUAUUUUCAUUUUCCUUUCCCUUCUCCUCUUUCUCGUUCCUCUCUUAGCUUCAUGCACUAAAGAGAAGCAGCUAAGAGAGGAACGAGCCUCUAGCAUCAAUGGCUUCGCGGCUGAGCUAACACCGGAUCAAGCCUCUAGACUCAAAGAACUCAAAGAAGUUGUAUCGGUAUUCAAGAGCGAUCCGAGAAAGUAUAAGAUCCAUACGACAAGAUCAUGGGAAUUUGUAGGGUUAAAGGAGGAAGAAGGCGAAGAUUAUCGUAGUGACGGUGAUGCCCCACGUCACAAAUAUGAUGUAAAUGACCGGUUUCGUGUCGGGAGAAAGUUCUUGAAGAAUGCAAAACACGGCGAUGGGGUCAUAGUUGGUCUUAUCGAUAGUGGGGUGUGGCCAGAAUCAAGGAGUUUCGAUGACAAAGGAAUGGGACCAAUUCCAGAAUCUUGGAAAGGAAUCUGCCAAACCGGUGUUGCCUUCAACUCUUCCCAUUGUAAUCGGUACUAUGCAAGAGGGUACGAGAGAUAUUACGGACCGUUCAAUGCCGAAGCUAACAAAGACUUCUUGUCUCCACGAGACGCUGAUGGACAUGGUUCCCACACAGCUUCAACCGCCGUUGGUCGCCGAGUAGACGGUGUUUCUGCACUAGGCGGUAUUGCUAUGGGUACGGCUUCAGGCGGCGCUUCACUAGCUCGUCUCGCCGUUUACAAAGCUUGUUGGGCGGUUCCAAACAAGGAAAAAUACGCCACAAACACUUGUUUUGAUGAAGAUAUGUUGGCUGCGUUUGACGAUGCCAUUGCUGAUGGUGUCAAUGUUAUCAGUAUUUCUAUUGGAACUGUUGAACCUCACACGUAUUUGGAGGAUGGAAUCGCGAUCGGAGCGUUGCAUGCAGUUAAAAGAGAUAUUGUGGUUGCGGCUAGCGCUGGAAAUGAUGGACCUGCGCGGGAAACUCUGUCGAAUCCAGCUCCGUGGAUUAUUACCGUCGGAGCUAGUAGUCUUGAUCGGUUUUUCGUCGGCCGUCUUGAACUUGGUGAUGGCUAUGUAUUCGAGUCGGACUCAUUAACAACAUUAAAGAUGGACAAUUAUGCUCCUCUAGUCUACGCUCCUGACGUGGUUGUUCCAGGCGUUUCAAGGAACGACGCAAUGCUAUGUUUACCGAAUGCACUUUCACCUGAUCAUGUGAGAGGUAAAGUGGUAUUAUGUUUAAGAGGUUACGGUUCAGGUUCAACAAUUGGUAAAGGUCUUGAGGUAAAGCGAGCCGGAGGAGUUGGUAUGAUAUUAGCAAAUUCUCGGGAUAACGAUGCAUUCGACGUUGAGUCUCAUUUCGUACCAACUGCUUUGGUUUUCUCAUCAACGGUCGAUAGAAUUCUCGAUUACAUCUACAAUACUUAUGAACCGGUUGCUUUCAUCAAACCGGCAGAAACAGUACUUUACCGAAACCAACCGGAAGAUUCGGUUUACCCAUACAAACCGGCUCCAUUUAUGACUAGUUUUCUACCGGAUAUUAUCGCGCCAGGACUGAAUAUAUUAGCCGCAUGGAGCGGGGCGGAUUCGGCAAGCAAAGAUUCGAUAGACCGACGAGUUUUAGAUUAUAAUCUCGACUCAGGAACUUCUAUGUCUUGCCCUCAUGUUGCUGGUGCAAUUGCCCUUCUCAAAAGCAUGCAUCCCACAUGGAGUAGUGCUGCUAUAAGAUCUGCCCUCAUGACCACUGCUUCGAUGACCAACGAGGACAAUGAACCAAUCCAAGACUAUGAUGGUUCACCCGCAAACCCAUUUGCACUUGGGUCAAGACAUUUUAGACCAACGAAAGCUGCAUCUCCCGGUUUAGUCUACGAUGCAUCAUACCAAUCUUACCUUCUCUACUGUUGUUCAGUUGGUUUAACCAAUCUUGACCCGACAUUCAAAUGUCCAAGUAGAAUCCCUCCCGGUUAUAACCUAAAUUACCCGUCAAUCUCAAUUCCAUAUCUCAGUGGGACAGUGACCGUUACAAGGACGGUUACAUGUGUUGGACGAACGGGUAAUUCAACAAGCGUAUAUGUCUUUAAUGCUCAACCGCCAAACGGUGUCUUGGUUAAGGCUGAACCAAAUGUUUUGGUCUUUGAUAAGAUUGGUCAGAAGAAGCGGUUUAACAUCAUUUUUACUACACAGAGAUAUGAGUUUACAGGUGAGGCUCGGAGGGAUCGAUAUCGGUUUGGAUGGUUUAGCUGGACCGAUGGACAUCAUGUUGUGAGGAGUUCAAUUGCUGUUUCUUUAGUAUGA